AUGUUCCGCAAUCGACGCACAACCCUGGCCUUGAACUUUUCCUCCCUGACCUUCGCCCAACAACAACAACCCGCCGCCAACCAGCAGUGCAGCAGCCAGUUCGAGGCAACCAUCGGACCAACCUGCUUUGAUGCCAACGGCGUCAACUUUUCCGGCAUUAUCUUCAUCAUCAGCCAGAACCGCACGGGGGCGAUUCCAUCCGGACAUACGCUGGAGACAUUUCUCAAACUGAUUUGUGGACCGAGCACCCAAGACAAGGUGGUGCCAUGCAUCCAGCAGCAGAUGCAGAAAUACAACAGCACACCGCAGUGUACAGCUGAGGACAAGAACGGCGUCAUGGGCAGGGCAGGUCAACUACUGGCUCUCAUGGAAGGGGCGUGCGGAUCUCCCUGCGAGGCCGCCGCUACCCAGAGCUUGGUCCAGUGCUAUGCUGCCAUCAACGUCAACCCCGAGCCCAUCCUUUCCCCCAACGCUUCCAUUGUGGAGGACAAGUUCUCUGUGAUCGGAGGCAACGAAUCGGAAUACAGCAACUUCUGCAAAAAUAGACAAAAGUUAUUUUCCUGCUUGAGUCCAAUCACCGCCACAUGUCCGGCACUCCUGGAACGUCUGUACGCCAUCGGCAUCGACCUGAACGCCAUGGAGGGAGCCAGUGCCGUGCUGUGCCAGGACAAGGACAAAUACCUGAAGGGCUUAGCCUGUUUUGCCACCCCCUCCAACGCCAUCACCCAAUGUAACCAGCAGACCAUGACCAACAUGAGACAAGUUCUGAUUGGCCGCUACCAGACUGGGGCCGUCCCACCUUCCAAGUAUCAGAACUCUCUGUGCGAGGUCAAGGUGACACAGAUAGACUGCGAGCUGACGGCCUACCAGAAGUCUUGUGAUGCCAGCCUGACAGAACUGAGAACCGUCGCAGAGUGUUCCAUGCUCCCCAAACCCUGCAGGGAGAACGCCCCUGCCAGCACCCGGUACAACGGCAUCUGUCAAAAGGUGUCCACCCCCGCCCCCAUACAAACCGUUCGCCCCACGGUACCAUCUGGAGGUCCUGGCAUGGUGGGGUCAAGGACAUCCAGUCCCAUCAGUGGAGGAAGCGGGAACGGCGCAGCAGAACUGGGAGCCUCACUGCUGCUCCUGGCACUCACGGCUGGAGUGGGGUCUUUGAUGCUCUAAGUUUAGACACAACCUUGACAUACAUUUUAAACUAUGAUACUCUUUGAUGUUCUAAGUUUAGACACAACCUUGACAUACAUUUUAAACUAUGAAACUCUUUGAUGCUCUAAGUUUAGAUUUAACCUUGACAUUCAUUUUAAACUAUGAAACUCUUUGAUGCUCUAAGUUUAGAUUAAACCUUGACAUACAUUUUAAACUAUGAAACUCUUUGAUGCUCUAAGUUUAGAUUAAACCUUGACAUACAUUUUAAACUAUGAAACUCUUUGAUGCUCUAAGUUUAUAUUAAACCUUGACAUACAUUUUAAACUAUGAAACUCUUUGAUGCUCUAAGUUUAUAUUAAACCUUGACAUACAUUUUAAACUAUGAAACUCUUUGAUGCUCUAAGUUUAGAUUUAACCUUGACAUUCAUUUUAAACUAUGAAACUCUUUGAUGCUCUAAGUUUAGAUUUAAC